UGGGACAGUAGAAAGGUAUCCCUAAUGAAGAUUAGGGACAUGGGACCAUGGGACAGUAGAAGAUUAACUCACAUUCAUUUCAUUAUAAAUAGAGAUUGAUCUUAAGCUUAUUUCUUCACACAACACAUACAUCUAUACAUUGAAAACAAAGUAGUAAUAAACAUCAUGGCUAAGUUUGCUUCCAUCAUCACCCUUAUCUUCGCUGCACUUGUUCUCUUUGCAGCUUUUGAAGCACCAACAAUGGUGGAAGCACAAAGGUUGUGCGAGAAGCCAAGUGGGAUAUAGUCAGGGGUUUGUGGAAACAGUAAUGCGUGCAAGAAUCAGUAUAUUAAUCUUGAGGGAGCAAAACAUGGAUCUUGCAACUAUGUCUUCCCAGCUCACAAGUGUAUCUGUUACGUCCCAUGUUAAUCUACCAAUGAUAUUUGGUGCUUAAUCGUGUGUGUAUUUUACAUAAAAUAAGUCUGUACUCUAUGAGUGAUUUUAUGACAUGCAUAAUUAUGUUUUUA